CUCUCAACUAUGUUAACAGCUCAAUCUCCCGUCACCGGGAACCAUCUCCUCCGGCCAAAUACCGGACGACGGCCUCUCCAACCUAUCAAAUCCCCAGCCAAUGUACCACCUCCACUGGUUGACCACAGCCAUCAAAAGCCAAAUCUCAAGCUUGGAUGGAUCGAAGAUUCAAACAAGGAGAAUCCGAAUCAGAAUGAGAAACGAAAUCGUUCUUCAAUCUGCAGCGUUGCUGCAGUUCCAGUACAAAUCGAGCAAUUUGAAGUCUCGCUGGCUGAAGAACUGAGCGCCAUACGAGAAAAAAUGGAGAGAUUGAGGUUAGACAAAGAGAAGACGGAGAAGAUGUUAAGAGAGAGGGAAGUAAUGAUGGAGAUGAAGAUGAAGGAUCUGGAUCACAGAGGCCAGAUUCAGAAGGUUCUGGAGAUGGAAGUUGAUCGGCUUUAUCGAUUAAACGAGCUCAGAUCCUUAUGCAACAGGAUAUUGCCGAUCAGAUCAUUGAGAGAGAAGGAACAAGAGAAGAUCAAACCAGAUAAAUCACAGGGCGGAAAGAGUGAACAUCUGGAAGAAGAAAAGAUGGGGAAUCCAUGUGGGGUAAUCGAGAAAUAAUUGAAAUCCAUGUUUUGGUUUGUUGUUGAGGUGUGGGUAUAAUAUCUUAUUGUAUUCCUCAUCUCAAAUUGAAAUUGAAAUUGAAAUU